UCCCUACGUCCGCGAUUCCUCACGAGUGUUUACAGUGCAGAACAGGCAGGAGUACAGAGAAGAGACGCGGACAUGGCAGAAGCGGAGGGUCCGGAUCUGGACGGGGAUCCGGUGACUCCCGCCCCCCGAGCGGCUCGCGCUCCCCGCGUGUCGUUCGGGGAGCCGGCGCAGCCCACGGUCGGUGUCGUUGGCCACCUACUGGGUCAGCAGCCGUCUCUGAAGUUUGACAAGAAUAUCAAACAGGCCUUCUAUAACACGGGCGCCAUGAUUUUCGUUGCGAUUUGCUGCGGCGCCGCGGUGCUUGUGUACUUCAUCCUCGAGGCAUUCCUGCGGCCGCUGCUCUGGGCAGUGCUGUGCGGGACAUUUCUGCACCCGUUCAAGCACUCCCUAGCGCGCGUGGGACGCUCAUGGCUCAGCGGACUCCGGGCCAGCGGCACGCCCAUCGUGCUGGGGACACUGCUGGUGCCGGUCCGCUGUGUGAACCACGGUGUAGAGACUCUGGGCGCUCUGCUGCUCGAGCGUCUCAAGGUGCUGCUGGUGAUCGGGGCCGGUGCUCCGCUCCUCUACUUCCUGUACCUCUUCUGGAGCGUCAUCGGCAUGCAGGCUGUGCUCGAGCACCUGUGUGACAUCAUAUGCCACGUGCUCGACUGCUUCAACGCCUUGUGGGUUGGAACAUUAGUGGUGGGAUAUGUGCUGGCUGUGGCGUUUAAGUGGACCCCGGGUAUGGAGGGUUACCUGCGUGCCAUGUCCGUGCCUGUAUGGACGGUUCUCAUAUUCUACCUGGUGUCUCUGACAGGAGCCUGGCGAGUGCCCAUGUUUGUGGUGGUGGUCAUUCUGCUGAUCAUGGGCUCUCAGGAGAAAGCCCCGGUACCUGGAAAAGGAGAACUGCCAGGACAGGUCCUUUCCUUUGCUGCUAACACUAUCUAUAUGGCCAUUACCUGCAGUAACCACCGGCCUGCGGCUGAGAAUGAUGAAGAGAGCAAUGCCAAAACUCCAUCUAAAGAUGACUUCAAAUCGAGUGAUGUGUUCACCACGCCCCUGCGGCCCCGCCCGGAUUUCCAGAGUCUUGCGCACAAGGAGAAAGCCAGCGAUAUCUAUUUUGUGCUGCUGGUGUGGGCCAUCGUGCUGGUGCAGAUCUGGCUCAACCUCUGGAUCCUGCAGCUGUUGCCCAUCCCCUUUGCUGUGUGGGUAAUUAAGAGGUUGGUGGUGCAUUUCGGGGUAAAGAAUUUCGCCGAGCGGACGUUAGCAGCAUGGUGGGUGGUGCUGGAGAGGUUUAUCAGAGACAGACAGGAUGCUCUGCUGCCUGGAACAAUCAAAGGACUUGCACAGUUUCUACUGCGGGUUGAUACCAAGCUCUGGCAUUGGCUUAACAAGCAGAUGAUCAUAUGGCUGGAGAAAUCUCUGGACAAACUUAUCAGCAUCUUCAUCAUCUUUCUCCUGGUCACAGGGACACUCCUCAUGGCCCUCUUGCUCACUGCUAUGGUGCAUCAUGAGAGCGCCCAUAUCAUCGAGGUCACCAGCAACCUGAUCAAUGAGACUCUUGCCAACCACCCUGAGUGGGCCAACUGGCUUCCCGAGGCUCGUGUUGUUCAGAAAGCUCUCAACUCUGCAGCCACGAACGUGUACCAGCAUGGGAGAGAGUGGAUAACUCAAAAGCUCCACAAGAUGCUUGGUGAGAAAGUGAACAACACAGCGGUGAUCGAGAAGCAGGUCCUGGAGCUGUGGGACCGACUUUACCACUCAUGGUUUGUCAAGAAUGUAACGUUCAGCGGACGCCACCGUGGACAAAAGCAAUACCUGCACAGGCAGCACAGCUGGCUGGGAGACAUACUGGACUGGCAAGAUAUCGUCUCCUUCCUGCAAGACAACAUCGAAACGCUGCUAUCGAUUGUUGAGUCUCUGUGGGUUGUGAUGAGCCGGAAUGUCGGUUUGCUGAUCUCCACAACCACCACGCUGCUCACUGUACUGUUCCACAGCGGCACGGCACUGCUCAACUUUGUCCUCUCACUGGUGAUUUUCCUGACCACACUGUUCUACUUACUGAGCUCCAGUGGUGAGUACUACAAGCCCGUUAAAUGGGUGAUCAGUCUCACACCCCUGUCCCAGCCCGGACCUUCAUCCAACAUCAUUGGCCAGUCUGUGGAGGAGGCCAUAAGAGGUGUGUUUGAUGCGUCUCUGAAGAUGGCAGGAUUUUACGGCCUCUACACGUGGCUCACACACACCAUCUUUGGCAUCAACAUCGUCUUCAUCCCCUCAGCGCUGGCAGCCAUUCUUGGUGCAGUGCCAUUUUUGGGUACGUACUGGGCAGCGUUACCUGCUGUACUGGACCUGUGGCUUGCACAAGGUGAAGGUGUUAAAGCCCUGCUGCUGCUCCUCGCACACCUGCUGCCCACCUACUUCGUCGACACAGCCAUCUACUCAGACAUAUCAGGUGGGGGUCAUCCUUAUCUGACAGGCCUAGCUGUGGCUGGUGGAGCGUACUAUUUGGGUUUAGAAGGAGCCAUCAUUGGCCCGAUCCUGCUCUGCAUACUGGUUGUAGCCUCCAAUAUCUACAGUGCCAUGCUGAUGAGCCCGAGCAGCAGCCAGCCUACACCAGUGCAGAGCAACUUCCCUCAACACCUGGGCAGGCCGUUCCUGGACUCUCCUCUGCUGCUGAAAAGAAUGACCGAGUGAAAGAAACCCGAGCUGCCUUCCCCUGGCCGCUCUGCUGUUACUCUGCCCUCGGUCCUCCGGUGAGCCCGAGUCUGGAACCUUCUCCCAAAAGGCACGGAAGUCUCGGCCACUGAAACUGAACCGGAGGGCUCCUGAGCUCAGGGUCAGCUCAGGGUCAGCGUUCUAAAAUGUUAUUGAACUCUCACAACAGCAGCUCAUCACGCUCAGCGACAAUGCUCAGCUUGCUAAGGUUCUCUGAGUGCCAUAUUAUUUAAAGCGCUAACACUGGAGCGCAAAGCACAGUUAGCAGGAUCGUGUCUCGUCUAGCGUAGUGGCUACAAACUCGACUAGCGCUCGAGGACUGUUGAUUGUUUACACACUUCACAGCGCUUCGACUGUAAAACUCACAACUGCUGCGGUUUCACCACGUUAAUUAUUAUGUUUGCAGUUUUUCAUUUGGUUCACGAUAAUGACGUGUUAUAUGACGUUAGAUAAUUAUAUAAUAUAAUGUGACGUUAAUCCUGCUGUGUACAGCACUGCUCCGUGUGUGUGUGUGUGUGUGCUGCUUUCUGGUUAUUAUUUAAAUGUUAAACAUUGUUCUUGUUUAGUGCACAUUUUUUAUUUUAAUUUAUCACGUCGUAAAUCAAUAAGCACUGCUCGUGUGUGUUUGUGUUACGUGGGCCAUGUUUUUAUCUCGUAAUGGGGACCGGAUCCCUACAGUGAUAGAGUAGAAACGUCCGACCUUGUGGUGAAAAUGUUGCUGUUGUUUAAAAAAUGAGCAUCAAUUUACCAAAGGGGAAAAAAAAAACCCUAAAAGAACCUAAAAGAUUGCUUUUGGAUACUGAGGAUAAGUUACUGCUGUAAUUAUGAGUAGCGUAGCUUUAAUUAGACCAAUGGACGGUCCAAAUAAGUAUAAUAACAGCAAGUGUGUGUGAGAUUAUAUAUAUAUAUAUAUAUAUAUAUAUAUAUAUAUAUAUAAUAUAUAUAUCCCUCUCUCUCUGGAAAGAGAUAGAUAGAUAUCUGAGAUAGAGAGAGAGAGAUAGAUAGAUAGAUAGAUAUCUGAGAGAUAGAGCGAGAGAGAAAUAUAUAUAUAUAUAUCUGAGAUAGAGAGAUAGAUAGAGAUGGAAAGAGAGCGAAAGAUAUAUAUAUAUAUAUAUAUGAGAUAGAGAGAGAUAUAUAGAGAGAUAGAUAGAGAUGGAAAGAGAGAGAGAGAGAUAGAGAGAGAGAGCACACAACCACGUCAUCUUCCCUGAUUCAUUCCUCUUACACUAAACACUUCUAAGUGAAGACUGUCACAAAGUGCCAUGCACAGAGAAUACAUAACAAUCAUCGAUUCCUUCUUUUUAUUUUUUUUUUCCGUCCCAUACAUCGUGUGCAUCGUCCCCCCCCCCCCUUGAGUCAUCACUGGAACUCGUUUUGAUUGACAUGCGCGCUUUUUCCUGCACUGCUUAAUAUUAGCAAAGCUCCAGCUCCUAGCUCUCAGCAGCAGUGUCAUUACUCACAGGUGAAGUUUGCUGAUGGUUUAGCGAGCGGAGGAGCGAAGGAGCGGAGAGAAAGGGGGGAAAGGAAAAAAACUUUUUGAUGAGUGUGAAGGGAAAAGUGCGGGAUGCAGAAAGACCAAAGACGGAUCCAAACGCUCAUGCGCACGUACUGUAAAGUGUAGAAAUCGUGAUAUCUUGAUGGAUAUGUAGCACCGGUGGAUAACCUGCUCGUUUUAGUCUCUUCUAAUUGAUCGUAUUAGUAGGAUCAUUUCAUCGAUCCUAUUCAUGGGAUAUACGUUGAUGAGGAAUAUUCUACACUAAAGUUUGUAUUUUUACAAACGGUAAGUUAUUAAGUUUAUGAUUUAUCGAGCUGCCUGGAUUGGAAAGAUUCGAGUUAUUUUAGCCAUUAAUAUAUAUUUUUUACUUCAUUAUACUACAUUAUUAAAACUGUUUAAAAAAAAAAAAAAAGAAAUGUUUCUGGCUUCCUGAUUACCCCAAACACAAACACACACAUUACUACUAUAUUAUAAAUAAUCAUUGACUCUAUGCAUUUUUUAUGGAAACCCACUCUGCCUUCGUUGGAUGGACAAGUUGACCUUUACGCCCUGUGAAGGUCACAUGACCCCGACAUCCCCCCCUCGCCAUUAUAGCCAUCACAGAGCUGUCAGAGCAUCGCAUGGAAGAUUGCAAUCGAUUGUUUCAGCUUUCCACAAUUACAAUGAACGGAGCUAUCGACUUGCCUCCCCCCCCCCCUUCCGCCGAUCUAUCUGUAUUCUUCCUUCUCUCUGUGUGUUUUGUCUGAUUGCCUGACACUUUCAUCCUGAUGGCUUCAUCAGAGUGCUCGCUCAUCUGUUAAAUGAAAUAAAAACAUUGUAAGCUAGCAUACUCCUCUAUAAAAGAUACACAGAUUCAUCAGACCUAUGUCAUCGAAGACCCGAUGGUUAUAACAGGCUCCGUGUCUUUCUCUGCUGCGUUUAUUACCAGUUCUUGUUAAUUUAUUGAGAUUGGGGUGCACUACACACUCCCCCAGGCACUUUAGUAGGAACGCCAUUAUUCAUUCAGUUAUGUGAUAGCUGCACAAAUCCCACAGGUCACGCGCUACAGCUACUGUUCACAUCAAACACCAGGUUGGAGAGCUCGGAGUUUAUCCGUGGCAUAGUUGUUGAGGUUUUUCAGAAACUGCUGAUCUUCACAAAGGUCUGAGGAGAACAUCCAGACUGGUUCAAGCAGACAGGAAGUCUCCCGUGACUCAAAUAACCACUCUUUACAUCCACGGUGAGCAGAAAAGCAUCUCAGAACAGCAUCUCUCAUCAACUAGGAACAACAAUCUGAGUGCACGAGGCAUAGACUCCAUGAAACUGGAUAAAUCACAGGUGAUGGUUUUUCUUUUGCACCCUUCACAAUAAACUAUCAAGAGAUCAUCAGUUUUUCAAGCACUUGAAGCAGUCCGUCUGGUGCAUUUUUGAUAUGAACAUUACCUGAAGCACAUGACCUGUUAGCUGUAUGAGUUUUUGCACCAUGAGUGGAGGUGCAGCUUCAGCGCAUCCAAACCAUUACUAAUGUGAGAUGAGGAAAGGGGGCGGGGCUUCCAGGGGUGAAAAGUUAAUAUCAGAGAUUUCAAAAUGCCAAUAAAGAGAUCAGUCAUGAUUUUGGAGGUAGGGGAUAGGGUUAUGGUCAGAGUGAAAGGGGUUGUGGAGAGGAGGAGGAGGAGGAGGAGGGGAGGGGCUGGCCCUUUUAGAUCAUUUAGAGUAUAAUUUGUAGCACUCUAUCCUUCAGCAUAUUAUACACUACUAUGCUACAUGUAAAUAAAACCCUCUGUAAUAUGUGUGUGUGUGUGUGUGUGGUAAAAAAAAAUAUAGACCAUGGCAUGGCAGAUCUGCUGGACUGUAAACUUUCUCUGUUUAUUUCUCCAGCCUGUGGAUCAAGCUCUGUGUGCUGUGACCUGUCAAUCAUCAGGCCACACCAUCAUUCGGCUUUAAAGGAAAAGGAAAAAAAAAAAAAAAUGAAUCCCUCUGACGGUUAAAAACAGUAACACACAUGCAUGCUGCUGUCGCACGCAGUCACACACACACACACACACUCUCUCACACAUGCACACACCCCUCUUUAGAGAUGACACCCGGUCACAUCAGACGGAGGGGGAAAAACUGUGUAAACUCUAGUCGUCCAUCAGGGGACUGAAGGAGUGGGAUGAUGGGUAGAUCUCUCUGAUGUCCCUCGCUGACCUACACACACACACACACACACACACACACAAAGAGUAUCUGUUUGCUCUCGUUCCUUUCCAUCAUGCCGUUACGAGUCUGUAUCGGCGAAGGAAACGUCCUGCUUGUCCUUUAUCCAGAUUACAGAGGGUGAGACGUGUUGAAGCAGGGGGGCAGAGAGUCUGUCUUUCACAUCCGCAGUCAGUGCUAAAGCAGCGUUCGCUUUUUUUUCUUUAUCUUUUUUUUUUGCAGCCUCCAUUGAUAUGAGAACAAAGUACAGACACAAAACAUGAACGAAACACAUGAUUUCUUUUACAAAGCAAUAUAAAAAGUCAUUUAAAUGAGUGAAUAAUUGAAUGAAAUGUAAAAUAAAUCAUAUGCCAGCUGAAUCUCUUUUGGCCUUUGCGCAGGUGUAAAAAAAAUAAAAAAUGAUGUGUGUGUGUGUGUGUGUGUGUGUGUGUGAAUUUAAAUACAGGAUUUACACAGACAUAAAACAGUAACGAUUUCCAUACAGAAAAAGACAAUAUGUGAACACACACACACACACACACACACGGUGUCAAGGCUAAGCCCUUAAAAUCUGUAACUGAUACACGAUUCGACGACAAAAUAUCGGCUCCUUCUUUCCGUAAUGAAAUCCCUGUGCUUAAGUAGAACACAAUUGCUACUAACCAGAGGGGCUUGAGUACAGAGGAAGGCAAAAGUUCAGGGUUAACCCAAAUCUGGGCAAGUCUGUGUGUUAGAAAUAAUAAUAAUAAUAAUAAUAAUAAUAAUAAAAAAUAAAAAAAAAACCCAGAAAUCUUUACAAACUGCAACUAAA